AUGAGGUCGCUAUCCAAUUUUACACGCAACAUCAAUUCACUCCCUCCCUUUUUCCCUUUCUUAACAAUCACCCCCUCCCUAGUCCCUCCCCUCCCACACACAAAAACUCCUCGGCUUCAUCUGUCACUCUCCGACCACCGCAGCAUUCGACAACCGACUCAUCAUCCGUUCAUCUCGCCAUACUUAGUAGUUUGGAAACGCCAUGAUUUGGCGACACUGGAUUCAUCUUCUGGUGCAACUGUAACAACUAACAAUGUGGAGCUAGUACAAUACAGUGUGAUGACACGAUUUAUUGAGGAUCUGAAUAUAGAUGUUGUGGGGAAACAGAGUGUCAGAUCUAAAAAGUUGUGGAAAAAGGUCAAGUCUUUAGAGGUUUUGCAGCCAUAUGCAAACCCUAGAAGUAAAUAUCCUGUUCCAGUUGAACAAAGUAAUGGUUUCAUAUAUGCCAAAAUUUUUGGUGAAUUUGAGAAAAUCAGAUCUUCGAUUUGUGAUCUUGUUGCCAUAUCCAGGCUUCUCAAUGCUACUCUGGUCAUCCCAGAGAUUCAAGAAAGUACAAGUUCAAAAGGCAUCAGUUCUGAGUUUAAAAGCUUUUCAUACCUCUAUAACGAAGAACAAUUCAUAACCUCUCUUAAUAAUGAUGUAAUCAUUGUGAAAAAUCUGCCUACUAAGCUUAAGGAGGCAAGAAAACGCAAAGAAUUUCCUACUUUUAAGCCCAAAAAAUCUGCUUCUCCUGAUUAUUACAUUAAAGAACUGUUGCCAGAGUUAAAAAAGUCAAAGGUUAUAGGAUUAGUGGUUAUGGAUGGAGGUUGUCUACAGCCUAUUCUCUCAUCUAAAUUUGUUGAAUAUCAAAGGCUCAGAUGUCGGGUAGCAUUUCACGCACUUCAUUUUCGCCCUGAAAUUCUAGCACUUGCACAUCUCAUCGUGCAAAGGCUACGUGCUUCAGGGCAACCUUAUCUUGCAUAUCAUCCUGGCUUAGUAAGAGAUAGCUUGGCUUAUCAGGGGUGUGCUGAGCUUUUUCAGGAUAUCCAUACCGAACUUAUUCAGUACAGAAGGGCACAAAUGGUCAAACAGAAAAUGAUCCGUGAUGAUGUCAGCGUUGACUCAUUUAUUCGAAAAGUAAACGGCUCAUGUCCACUCAUGCCCGAAGAGGUGGGGCUUCUUCUACGAGCCAUGGGAUACCCACCAACAACAAGAAUCUACUUGGCAGGUUCUGAAACAUUUGGUGGUCAACGGGUCAUGAUUCCUCUCCGAGCCAUGUACACAAAUUUAGUUGACCGGUCUAAUUUAUGUCAUAAACACGAACUAAACACACUAUUAGGAAAAGAAACCCCAAUUCCUUCCAACUCUCUCAAUUCCAUUCCUAAAAAAACCAUCAAGGAUUCAACACAGGAAUGGAAUAAGGCGGGCCCUCGUCCCCGACCCCUUCCACCACCCCCAGACCGCCCUAUUUACCAACAUGAGAAAGAAGGUUGGUAUGGUUGGAUUGCAGAAAAAGAUUCAGAGCCGGAUCCUUCACCAAUUGAUUUAAGGGAUAAAGCUCAUAGAUUGCUAUGGGAUGCCCUUGAUUAUGUUGUAUCAGUUGAAGCCGAUGCGUUUUUUCCCGGGUUUCAUAAUGAUGGCAGUGGGUCCCCUGAUUUUUCAAGUUUGGUCAUGGGUCAUCGGCUUUAUGAGAUGGCAUCUGCAAGAACUUAUCGACCCGACAGGAAAUUUCUUGCAAAUCUGUUGAACACUACACAAGAUCAUCUUUAUUUUCCGAAGAGAAGCUGGACACUAGCAGCACGAAAACAUCUAAAUGACAGCCUGGCAGAGGAAGGACUAGAACGACAGCUCCUUCACUCAAAGCCAAUGUCAUUCCUCUCCCACCCGCUCCCGGAAUGUUCUUGUACUAUUUCCAAAAAACCCGGGAAAAAUAGGUGUCCUAAGUGGAUUGAAGACAGCUUCACUAAAUCCAGAUUACAGGAAAGUGAGAAUGAACAGCCUGAUGAUGAUGAAGUAGAUGAAGAGGAAAUGAAUUCUGAAAAUGAAAGCAAGGUAAAUGAUUCGCCUUCUUUGGAAGAAGAUGUUGAAAUGGACCCUGAUGAUUAGGUGAUUAAAAAAGAUUUAUAGAUUCUUUUAUUGCGGUUGCACAGAGUGUGAUACAGGUAGAGGGGAAAACGGUGAGGAAACAGAAUUAUAGUUUUACAUUUUUUUUUUGGGAUAUAGUUUAUACCAAUGCCAUACCUCUGUUGUUUUUAUGUAUUUCAUCUGCAUAAUGUUUUAGGUUUUGAGUUUAUGAAUACCUGGAGAAGUUUUUUUUGGAUCAUGAAACAAUGUAAACUUUAGAUCAUAUGUACUUGAUUUGAGUUGUUGCCC